UCAGUCAGACCGGUGUCAGCCAGCGACUGGGUUCAAAAACAGGAUAUUACAUUUCUCCUAACAACCACAACAGGGUGUUUGGGUCUUUUUUAUUGUACUUUUUCAAUAUGUGGACUUAACUGCUAAUAAUAGUGCACAAAAGCCAUGUGGUGCACCAGAAUGGAUCAUCAUUAUUGUCAUGGUGUGACUUCAAGGUGUACAUUGUCCAGUCCAGAAAACUCUACCAACGGCAGGUAGGGUGGUUUUUGAGUCCGUCACAAGAUGGACGAAACAACAACUUCACCAGAUGCAGUACCAGUGGAGCUGGUAGUGGGCGUUUCUACCGCCUGUCUUGUGUUUGCAUCGUUGGCCACGAUAGCCGUGCUGUGGAAGAUCGGCGCUCUGUGGUGUACGGAGGACUGCUGCCACAAGGGUUCGCUCAAGAAGUGGCUCGCAAAAUGGACAGGGCGAGCGAAGCAUCCUUCCUACAGUCCUAUUGAAGACAAAGCCGGCUCACCAGCGAACGGCCCCAUCCAUCCUCCGUCCUACGCAGACCAUACCGUCCCACGGAGACAGAGUGCCAUUCCCAUGGCAACGGCAGGGAAGGUGCCGCUGUUCACCAUCCCCCAGCAGGCUGACAGGAGCCCUCCCCACCCACCCAUCAUGCCGGAUGUACUGAGGGGAGGAUAUCUACAACCACCUGCAGUACACCAGCAGGAUGUUGGCAUACACCAGCUACUGGCCUCCCCCAUGGCCCUGGCCAUGAUGCCUGUCAUUCCACCCAGCCCACAGCUACAACCCAGGUCCUUGUCUAUGACCAGCCUGGAUGUACUAGGAGAACAAGAGGAAGAUCACAAGAUCAGCUACAACUGGUCGGACAACGAUGAGGUAAUGUCCGCCCCGCCUAGCACUUCUGCCACACCUGCUACGCCCAAGAAGUUCUUUCUGGUGGGAGAGGAUGGCCACAUCAUCACUACCCCCGACACAUCUGCAUCCACAGUGAGACGGAGACUUUCUAUGGAGGAAAGAAGUCCUGGGUCUCCACAGUUGAGUGGAGCCUCGCCCAGGUUGAGCCAGCCCGCGGUGCAGGUGACCUCACCAGACGGCAGGUCUGCUCCGUACCUGGGACAGCUCAACAUCAUCCUGCAGUGUCGCAGGGACACGGGGCAUGCACAGCUGUCAAUCACUGUGGCUCAGGCAGUAGAUCUGUCAGUGCCAAACGGUACCCAAGACAACACCACUACCUGUACAGUGAACCCGUAUGUCCGGGGCUGGAUCAUGCCUGGACACAGGGAUGGCUUCACUACACAACAUGUCAUGGGCACACAGAGUCCUGUCUUCAACCAGACAUUUGUGAUUGACAUGCUGUAUGAGAGCAUGUGUAACAGAAAGGCAGAACUGGUGGUUCUGUCAUACGAGGAUGAACAGAGGAGAAAGUUCCUGGGGCAGGUGAACAUAGAUCUCAGCAAGCUGGAUCUCAGUAAAGAACAGAACAUCUGGCUUCAACUCAGGCCUCCAAAGAAAGAAAAGAGUGAGAUAGGAGAGCUGCUGUUUUCAGUGUGUUACAUGAGGACAGCAAAGCGGCUGGUGUUCCAGAUUCUCAGGGCGCAGGACCUCACCAGGCCUGCAAACCUCAAGGGACCAAGAAGCACUUACGUUAAAGUGGAGCUGUACUGUGAUGACAACAGAAAGGCCAAAAAGAAGACAAAGCUCUGCACCACUACUGCCGAUGACCCUCAAUGGGAGGAGCAUCUUUACUUUGACCUGUCCAGAAUGUUGUCCAACCUGCCCAACAUCUCUUGUACAGUCAAACUCAUGGAGAAACAGACUAUGCACAGAAAUAUCACUGUUGGGAAGGUGAGCCUGGGAUGGGAGUUUGGUACAACAGAGCUGCAGCACUGGUCUGAGGUCUUCUGCAAUGCAGGGACGUACGUGGAACAGUGGCAUCCUCUGACUUAACUAAUUAUAGAACCUUAUUACAUACAGUCACACACAUGACUGGCAGUUUUAUAGCACAAAUAAAAGUAUUAUAUUUUUGUGUCAUAUUGGUAUCAUAAUUUACAUGGAGUAUGCAGUAAUUUAUAUGGAGUGUGCAGUUUCUUUCACUAGUCCAGAUCAGCUCUAGUGUUUUUUUAAUGUACAUGAGUAUACAUAUUAAUAAAUACAAGACUUUGCCUUUGUAGUACUGUUUGUUUAUUUAGACUUGAUUGAUGCCUUGAUUUGCCAAUAUAAUUAUUUAUAUAUUUCAAGAAAUAUUUACCAUGUACAUAAUUCAUAAGUCUACUAAAACAUCAUUGUAGUUGCCGAAGCUUUCAAUUAACCUCAUCUCUCAUUUCACGUAGCUUUUUGGCACCAAAGUUCUAUUGGUUACAAGUUAAAGCAGCAGGGAGAAGGUUCAUGCACAUAACUUAACAUUAACAUUACAGUUGUUUAAAUUAUAACUGUCUUCUCCUUUUUGCAGCAUCAUGUAAGUUAGUGCACUUAUUUGGUAUAUCUGAUACAUUGAUAUGAAACUCCUUGAAAGUAUUGUGCCUAUUAAUAUAUAAAGUAA